CUUGUCGUGACUUCCACAAGAUGUCUCUGGCGUUUGACGAGAAUGGACGGCCUGUGCUUAUCCUCCGCGAGCAGGAGAAGAAGGCGCGGCUUCGCGGGAUUGAGGCGCACAAGGCGCACAUCCUUGCGGCGAAGACUGUGGCGUCGACGCUCCGGUCGUCGCUGGGCCCCAAGGGACUGGACAAGAUCAUUGUCGACGGUGACGGCGGUGUGACUGUGACGAACGACGGCGCGACGAUUCUCCAGGAGAUGCAGGUGGAGAACGAGAUUGCCAAGCUCCUUGUGCAGCUGUCCAAGGCGCAGGACGAUGAGAUCGGCGACGGGACGACCGGUGUGGUGGUCCUUGCCGGCGCGCUCCUCCAGCAGGCUGAGCUCCUGCUCGAUCGCGGGCUGCACCCGAUCCGGAUUGCGGACGGGUUCGAGACGGCGUGCGACAUUGCGGUGGAGCACCUCAAGACGCAGGCGGACACGUUCGAGUUCACGGCGGAGGACCCGGAGCAGCUUGUCAAGACGUGCAUGACCUCGCUCGGCUCGAAGAUUGUCAACCGCGACCUGCGGCACCUUGCCGAGGUGUGCGUGGACGCUGUGCUGUCUGUGGCGGACCUCGAGCGGCGCGACGUCGACUUUGAGCUCAUCAAGGUGGUGGGCAAGGAGGGUGGCGCGAUGGAGGACACGCAGCUGAUCAAGGGCGUGAUCAUCGACAAGCAGUUCUCGCACCCGCAGAUGGACAAGGAGCUUAAGGAUGUCAAGAUUGCGAUUCUGACGUGCCCGUUCGAGCCGCCUAAGCCCAAGACCAAGCACAAGCUCAACGUCAAGUCGAAGGAGGAGUUUGAGAAGCUGUACAAGCAGGAGCAGGCAUACUUUACCGAGAUGGUGGCGCAGGUCAAGGCGUCGGGCGCGACGCUUGCGUGCUCGCAGUGGGGCUUUGACGACGAGGCCAACCACCUCCUCCUGCAGAACGACCUGCCGGCCAUCCGGUGGAUCGGCGGAGUGGAGAUGGAGCUCAUUGCCAUCGCCACCAACGGGAACAUUGUGCCGCGCUUCUCGGACCUGACGCCCGAGAAGCUCGGGACUGCGGGCACCGUCCGCGAGCUCUCGUUCGGUACGACCAAGGACAAGAUGAUUGUGUUUGAGGACUGCCCGAACCAGAAGGCCGUCACCAUCUUUGUCCGUGGCGGCAACCAGAUGAUUGUCAAGGAGACCGAGCGGUCGAUCCACGACGCGCUCUGCGUGGCACGCAACCUCGUCCGCGAGUCCACCAUCAUCUACGGUGGCGGCGCCGCCGAGAUCACUUGCUCGCUCGCGGUUUCGGACGCGGCCGACAAGCACUCGAACGUCGAGCAGUACGCCAUCCGCGCCUUUGCCAACGCGCUCGAUGACAUCCCCAUGGCUCUCGCCGCCAACUCGGGCCUCGACCCGGUCGGCACCCUCGCCGCCGUCAAGGCUGCCCAGGUCGAGACCGGUAACUCGUUCCUCGGCGUCGACUGCGCCCUCAAGGGCACCAACGACAUGAAGGCCCAGGGCGUCUUUGACCCGCUCUCGUCCAAGGUCCAGCAGUUCCGCCUCGCCACCCAGAUGGUCAAGAUGAUUCUCAAGCUGGACGACGUCAUCGUCUCGGGCGCCUACCAGUAGUCGGACUGCGCCGUGGUUCUUCCUCUCUCUCUCCCCCCCUCCCCCUCUCUUCUGUCUUCCUCCGGGACGUCAACAGCACUUACCAGCAAACGAUGUGAUGAACUUGG